CUCACGGUUAGCCAUGGAUACCUUCAAGUUUCUAAUUCUGCUCUUGUGGAUGAGUGGAGGCCAGGCAGAGAACAGCCUGCAGAAAACACAGAGAGAUGCAGCAGUGCUGACUUCCUGUGACUUCAACCAGGACAGUGAUCCAUUCUGCAGGUUCAUUCAGGACACCGCAGACAAUGGCGACUGGACACGACACAAAGGUUCAACUCCGACACCCGGCACUGGACCCAGUGGAGACUACCCUGAUGGAGCGGGCUACUAUAUCUACCACGAAGCUGACAAUGUGGCUAAUGGACAGAUAUCGCGUCUUCUGAGCCCUCCCCUCUCACCGUCAGCCUCUCAGAUCUGUGUCCAGUUCCGAUACUACAUGUAUGGAUCAGACGAUCAGAAUGUGUUGAGGGUUCUGGCCAAAAGGCCUGGCGGUGACGAAGAGGUCUGGAAGAGGACAGGUAUCCAGAGUCCAUCCUGGCUGAAGGGCUCCAUCACUGUGUCCAAACAGAGCACUCAGGACAUCACUAUUGUGUUUGAGUCCAGGAGAGGCUUCGGUUCUUCCUGCGACACAGCUUUGGACAACAUCGUCAUCACUGAGGGAGCGUGUCCCGCUUGUGUGUCUGGCUGUGAUUUUGACACUUUUGAAGAGCUCUGCGGCUGGACGAGCGAAACUGAGAAUCCUGAAAUGUACGGCUUUGAACAGUGGACUGGGCCGACUGACACCGAAGGCACCGGGCCUAAUGAUGACUUCUCCAGACCUGGAUUGGGCUUUUAUAUGUUGAUGGAUUCUGUCGAGGCUAUCCCUGGAUUCAAGUCUCAAAUCAUAAGUCCUCUAAUAACCCCCUCCUCUGGAUGUCUGGACCUCACCUUCCACUACUACUUGUACGGAACCAGCACCACCAUGGAACUCAGCGUCCACACCAUCACCACAGGCGGAAGCCUUGGACCUGCUGUGUACAGAGUAAAGGGUAACCAGGGUCAGGAGUGGAAGCCGGCAGAGGUCCGGUACUUGGGAGCUGCUGCCAUUCAAUUUGUCAUUGUUGGUACAUUUGGAGAAACUCCUCUAACCGAUAUUGCUGUUGAUGCUGUGUGUGUCAUAACCUGCCAAGCUGAGCCAACAACUCCACGACCACCAGUAACAACCCCAGGACCAACCACACCUAAACCACCCACCCCAGGACCAACUACACCUAAACCACCCACCCCAGGCCCAACUACACCUAAACCACCCACUCCAGGCCCAACUACACCUAAACCACCCACUCCAGGCCCAACUACACCUAAACCACCCACCCCAGGCCCAACCACACCUAAACCCACAACUCCUAGGCCUAGUACUCCUGGACCAACGACAGCAAAGCCACCAAAACCCUGCCCUCCUGAUGCAGAUUAUAUAGAAUGUGGUCCAGCUUGUAUCCCCACCUGUAUGGAGCCUUCUACCAACUGUUCUGGCUCCUGCAUCAGUGGCUGCUUCUGCAAGCCAGGUUUUGUCUUCAAGGGACGGCACUGUGUCCCAUUGGAGAAAUGUGGCUGUCUGGAUGACCAGAAUAACUAUUAUGAGCCUGGCGAGAUGAUAUUUGGAGAUGGCUGCUCAAAGCUGUGUCGCUGUGCUGGGAACUACACUCUGGAAUGUGUUGACAACUCAUGUGACCCCACAGAAGAAUGUCGCGAUGUUAAUGGUGUUGCAGGCUGCUACCCUAAAGAUACGUCCACAUGCAUAGCCAAUGGUGAUCCCCACUACACGACUUUUGACAAACGCAACUACAACUUCAUGGGCAAUUGUAGCUACUUGAUGUCUCGACCCUGCAAUGAAACGACUCUUCCACACUUUGAGGUCCAUGUGGACAACGAAAAUCGUUUUAACCGUCCCACCAUCUCCUAUGUUAAGGCCGUGCAUGUAUAUGUUCACUCGGUGAAGAUCUCCAUUCUGAAAGAGGGAAUUGUGCAGGUGAAUGGGACUAAUGUCAACGUGCCAGUUACUCCGGCCACUGGUGUCUCUGUGUUCAAGUCGGGAAAGCACUACACUGUGUCCAUGGACUUUGGUGUGACAGUUCGUUAUGAUGGAAACCACUUCAUGGACAUCAAAGUGGUCAAAGACUAUAAGAACAUAUUGUGUGGACUGUGUGGAGAUUACGAUGGAUAUUCGAAAGAUGACUUCCGUAAACCAGAUGGAUCAUUGACCAACAGUGCUAAUGACUUUGGACACAGCUGGAACACCGAUCCAGAGUGUAACAAGAAACCCAACACCACCACCCCUGAGUGUGAGGAAGGAGAGCAGGAACUGUAUGAGAGCUCUGGAUACUGCGGCAUUUUGCUGGACAAAAAGGGUCCUUUCGCUGUGUGCCACCCCAAAGUCAACCCAAAUAAUUACUUCAGGGACUGUAUCUUUGACCUGUGUGAGCUGGAUGGCGCCAAGCCCAUUCUGUGUGAAGCCAUAGAGGCCUAUGUCAACGAAUGCCAGGACCGUGGCGUGAACAUUGGACCAUGGAGGAAUGAAACCUUUUGCCCUCUGAAAUGCCCCCCCAACAGCCACUACGAGCCCUGUGCAGACCCGUGUCAGGAGACAUGCAGCGGGAAACCUCCUUCCUGUGGCGGGCCCUGCUCCGAGUCCUGUGUGUGUGAUGCAGGCUACGUCCUGAGCGCCGGCAAGUGCGUCAAGAAGACUUCAUGUGGCUGCACACACGUCAAUGGCCAGUACUACGAGCCUGGAGAUGAAUUCUAUGCAGAGGAUUGUAAGCUGAAGUGCAGGUGUGAUGCUCCCUUCGUCACCUGCAAAGCUACUGAAUGUCCCCCAAUGCAAGAGUGUAAAAACCAGGACGGAGAUCUGGGCUGCUACCCCACAAUUCAACUAAUGACCAGUCUUCUUCUUCCACCCACCCCAGGCCCAACCACACCUAAACCACCCACCCCAGGCCCAACCACACCUAAACCCACAACUCCUAGGCCAAGUACUCCUGGACCAACGACAGCAAAGCCACCAAAACCCUGCCCUCCUGAUGCAGAUUAUAUAGAAUGUGGUCCAGCUUGUAUCCCCACCUGUAUGGAGCCUUCUACUAACUGUUCUGGCUCCUGCAUCAGUGGCUGCUUCUGCAAACCAGGUUUUGUCUUCAAGGGACGGCACUGUGUCCCAUUGGAGAAAUGUGGCUGUCUGGAUGACCAGAAUAACUAUUAUGAGCCUGGCGAGAUGAUAUUUGGAGAUGGCUGCUCAAAGCUGUGUCGCUGUGCUGGGAACUACACUCUUGAAUGUGUUGACAACUCAUGUGACCCCACAGAAGAAUGUCGCGAUGUUAAUGGUGUUGCAGGCUGCUACCCUAAAGAUACGUCCACAUGCAUAGCCAAUGGUGAUCCCCACUACACGACUUUUGACAAACGCAACUACAACUUCAUGGGCAAUUGUAGCUACUUGAUGUCUCGACCCUGCAAUGAAACAACUCUUCCACACUUUGAGGUCCAUGUGGACAACGAAAAUCGUUUUAACCGUCCCACCAUCUCCUAUGUGAAGGCCGUGCAUGUAUAUGUUCACACGGUGAAGAUCUCCAUUCUGAAAGAUGGAAUUGUGCAGGUAAAUGGGACUAAUGUAAACGUGCCAGUUACUCCGGCCACUGGUGUCUCUGUGUUCAAGUCGGGAAAGCACUACACUGUGUCCAUGGACUUUGGUGUGACAGUUCGUUAUGAUGGAAACCACUUCAUGGACAUCAAAGUGGUCAAAGACUAUAAGAACAUAUUGUGUGGACUGUGUGGAGAUUACGAUGGAUAUUCGAAAGAUGACUUCCGUAAACCAGAUGGAUCAUUGACCAACAGUGCUAAUGACUUUGGACACAGCUGGAACACCGAUCCAGAGUGUAACAAGAAACCCAACACCACCACCCCUGAGUGUGAGGAAGGAGAGCAGGAACUGUAUGAGAGCUCUGGAUACUGCGGCAUCUUGCUGGACAAAAAGGGUCCUUUCGCUGUGUGCCACCCCAAAGUCAACCCAAAUAAUUACUUCAGGGACUGUAUCUUUGACCUGUGUGAGCUGGAUGGCGCCAAGCCCAUUCUGUGUGAAGCCAUAGAGGCCUAUGUCAACGAAUGCCAGGACCGUGGCGUGAACAUUGGACCAUGGAGGAAUGAAACCUUUUGCCCUCUGAAAUGCCCCCCCAACAGCCACUACGAGCCCUGUGCAGACCCGUGUCAGGAGACAUGCAGCGGGAAACCUCCUUCCUGUGGCGGGCCCUGCUCCGAGUCCUGUGUGUGUGAUGCAGGCUACGUCCUGAGCGCCGGCAAGUGCGUCAAGAAGACUUCAUGUGGCUGCACACACGUCAAUGGCCAGUACUACGAGCCUGGAGAUGAAUUCUAUGCAGAGGAUUGUAAGCUGAAGUGCAGGUGUGAUGCUCCCUUCGUCACCUGCAAAGCUACUGAAUGUCCCCCAAUGCAAGAGUGUAAAAACCAGGACGGAGAGCUGGGCUGCUACCCCACAAGCCCAACCACACCUAAACCACCCACCCCAGGCCCAACCACACCUAAACCCACAACUCCUAGGCCAACUACUCCUGGACCAACGACAGCAAAGCCACCAAAACCCUGCCCUCCUGAUGCAGAUUAUAUAGAAUGUGGUCCAGCUUGUAUCCCCACCUGUAUGGAGCCUUCUACUAACUGUUCUGGCUCCUGCAUCAGUGGCUGCUUCUGCAAACCAGGUUUUGUCUUCAAGGGACGGCACUGUGUCCCAUUGGAGAAAUGUGGCUGUCUGGAUGACCAGAAUAACUAUUAUGAGCCUGGCGAGAUGAUAUUUGGAGAUGGCUGCUCAAAGCUGUGUCGCUGUGCUGGGAACUACACUCUUGAAUGUGUUGACAACUCAUGUGACCCCACAGAAGAAUGUCGCGAUGUUAAUGGUGUUGCAGGCUGCUACCCUAAAGAUACGUCCACAUGCAUAGCCAAUAGUGAUCCCCACUACACGACUUUUGACAAACGCAACUACAACUUCAUGGGCAAUUGUAGCUACUUGAUGUCUCGACCCUGCAAUGAAACGACUCUUCCACACUUUGAGGUCCAUGUGGACAACGAAAAUCGUUUUAACCGUCCCACCAUCUCCUAUGUGAAGGCCGUGCAUGUAUAUGUUCACACGGUGAAGAUCUCCAUUCUGAAAGAUGGAAUUGUGCAGGUAAAUGGGACUAAUGUAAACGUGCCAGUUACUCCGGCCACUGGUGUCUCUGUGUUCAAGUCGGGAAAGCACUACACUGUGUCCAUGGACUUUGGUGUGACAGUUCGUUAUGAUGGAAACCACUUCAUGGACAUCAAAGUGGUCAAAGACUAUAAGAACAUAUUGUGUGGACUGUGUGGAGAUUACGAUGGAUAUUCGAAAGAUGACUUCCGUAAACCAGAUGGAUCAUUGACCAACAGUGCUAAUGACUUUGGACACAGCUGGAACACCGAUCCAGAGUGUAACAAGAAACCCAACACCACCACCCCUGAGUGUGAGGAAGGAGAGCAGGAACUGUAUGAGAGCUCUGGAUACUGCGGCAUCUUGCUGGACAAAAAGGGUCCUUUCGCUGUGUGCCACCCCAAAGUCAACCCAAAUAAUUACUUCAGGGACUGUAUCUUUGACCUGUGUGAGCUGGAUGGCGCCAAGCCCAUUCUGUGUGAAGCCAUAGAGGCCUAUGUCAACGAAUGCCAGGACCGUGGCGUGAACAUUGGACCAUGGAGGAAUGAAACCUUUUGCCCUCUGAAAUGCCCCCCCAACAGCCACUACGAGCCCUGUGCAGACCCGUGUCAGGAGACAUGCAGCGGGAAACCUCCUUCCUGUGGCGGGCCCUGCUCCGAGUCCUGUGUGUGUGAUGCAGGCUACGUCCUGAGCGCCGGCAAGUGCGUCAAGAAGACUUCAUGUGGCUGCACACACGUCAAUGGCCAGUACUACGAGCCUGGAGAUGAAUUCUAUGCAGAGGAUUGUAAGCUGAAGUGCAGGUGUGAUGCUCCCUUCGUCACCUGCAAAGCUACUGAAUGUCCCCCAAUGCAAGAGUGUAAAAACCAGGACGGAGAGCUGGGCUGCUACCCCACAAGCCCAACCACACCUAAACCACCCACCCCAGGCCCAACCACACCUAAACCCACAACUCCUAGGCCAACUACUCCUGGACCAACGACAGCAAAGCCACCAAAACCCUGCCCUCCUGAUGCAGAUUAUAUAGAAUGUGGUCCAGCUUGUAUCCCCACCUGUAUGGAGCCUUCUACUAACUGUUCUGGCUCCUGCAUCAGUGGCUGCUUCUGCAAACCAGGUUUUGUCUUCAAGGGACGGCACUGUGUCCCAUUGGAGAAAUGUGGCUGUCUAGAUGACCAGAAUAACUAUUAUGAGCCUGGCGAGAUGAUAUUUGGAGAUGGCUGCUCAAAGCUGUGUCGCUGUGCUGGGAACUACACUCUGGAAUGUGUUGACAACUCAUGUGACCCCACAGAAGAAUGUCGCGAUGUUAAUGGUGUUGCAGGCUGCUACCCUAAAGAUACGUCCACAUGCAUAGCCAAUGGUGAUCCCCACUACACGACUUUUGACAAACGCAACUACAACUUCAUGGGCAAUUGUAGCUACUUGAUGUCUCGACCCUGCAAUGAAACGACUCUUCCACACUUUGAGGUCCAUGUGGACAACGAAAAUCGUUUUAACCGUCCCACCAUCUCCUAUGUGAAGGCCGUGCAUGUAUAUGUUCACACGGUGAAGAUCUCCAUUCUGAAAGAGGGAAUUGUGCAGGUAAAUGGGACUAAUGUAAACGUGCCAGUUACUCCGGCCACUGGUGUCUCUGUGUUCAAGUCGGGAAAGCACUACACUGUGUCCAUGGACUUUGGUGUGACAGUUCGUUAUGAUGGAAACCACUUCAUGGACAUCAAAGUGGUCAAAGACUAUAAGAACAUAUUGUGUGGACUGUGUGGAGAUUACGAUGGAUAUUCGAAAGAUGACUUCCGUAAACCAGAUGGAUCAUUGACCAACAGUGCUAAUGACUUUGGAAACAGCUGGAACACCGAUCCAGAGUGUAACAAGAAACCCAACACCACCACCCCUGAGUGUGAGGAAGGAGAGCAGGAACUGUAUGAGAGCUCUGGAUACUGCGGCAUUUUGCUGGACAAAAAGGGUCCUUUCGCUGUGUGCCACCCCAAAGUCAACCCAAAUAAUUACUUCAGGGACUGUAUCUUUGACCUGUGUGAGCUGGAUGGCGCCAAGCCCAUUCUGUGUGAAGCCAUAGAGGCCUAUGUCAACGAAUGCCAGGACCGUGGCGUGAACAUUGGACCAUGGAGGAAUGAAACCUUUUGCCCUCUGAAAUGCCCCCCCAACAGCCACUACGAGCCCUGUGCAGACCCGUGUCAGGAGACAUGCAGCGGGAAACCUCCUUCCUGUGGCGGGCCCUGCUCCGAGUCCUGUGUGUGUGAUGCAGGCUACGUCCUGAGCGCCGGCAAGUGCGUCAAGAAGACUUCAUGUGGCUGCACACACGUCAAUGGCCAGUACUACGAGCCUGGAGAUGAAUUCUAUGCAGAGGAUUGUAAGCUGAAGUGCAGGUGUGAUGCUCCCUUCGUCACCUGCAAAGCUACUGAAUGUCCCCCAAUGCAAGAGUGUAAAAACCAGGACGGAGAGCUGGGCUGCUACCCCACAAGCCCAACCACACCUAAACCACCCACCCCAGGCCCAACCACACCUAAACCCACAACUCCUAGGCCAACUACUCCUGGACCAACGACAGCAAAGCCACCAAAACCCUGCCCUCCUGAUGCAGAUUAUAUAGAAUGUGGUCCAGCUUGUAUCCCCACCUGUAUGGAGCCUUCUACUAACUGUUCUGGCUCCUGCAUCAGUGGCUGCUUCUGCAAACCAGGUUUUGUCUUCAAGGGACGGCACUGUGUCCCAUUGGAGAAAUGUGGCUGUCUAGAUGACCAGAAUAACUAUUAUGAGCCUGGCGAGAUGAUAUUUGGAGAUGGCUGCUCAAAGCUGUGUCGCUGUGCUGGGAACUACACUCUGGAAUGUGUUGACAACUCAUGUGACCCCACAGAAGAAUGUCGCGAUGUUAAUGGUGUUGCAGGCUGCUACCCUAAAGAUACGUCCACAUGCAUAGCCAAUGGUGAUCCCCACUACACGACUUUUGACAAACGCAACUACAACUUCAUGGGCAAUUGUAGCUACUUGAUGUCUCGACCCUGCAAUGAAACGACUCUUCCACACUUUGAGGUCCAUGUGGACAACGAAAAUCGUUUUAACCGUCCCACCAUCUCCUAUGUGAAGGCCGUGCAUGUAUAUGUUCACACGGUGAAGAUCUCCAUUCUGAAAGAGGGAAUUGUGCAGGUAAAUGGGACUAAUGUAAACGUGCCAGUUACUCCGGCCACUGGUGUCUCUGUGUUCAAGUCGGGAAAGCACUACACUGUGUCCAUGGACUUUGGUGUGACAGUUCGUUAUGAUGGAAACCACUUCAUGGACAUCAAAGUGGUCAAAGACUAUAAGAACAUAUUGUGUGGACUGUGUGGAGAUUACGAUGGAUAUUCGAAAGAUGACUUCCGUAAACCAGAUGGAUCAUUGACCAACAGUGCUAAUGACUUUGGAAACAGCUGGAACACCGAUCCAGAGUGUAACAAGAAACCCAACACCACCACCCCUGAGUGUGAGGAAGGAGAGCAGGAACUGUAUGAGAGCUCUGGAUACUGCGGCAUUUUGCUGGACAAAAAGGGUCCUUUCGCUGUGUGCCACCCCAAAGUCAACCCAAAUAAUUACUUCAGGGACUGUAUCUUUGACCUGUGUGAGCUGGAUGGCGCCAAGCCCAUUCUGUGUGAAGCCAUAGAGGCCUAUGUCAACGAAUGCCAGGACCGUGGCGUGAACAUUGGACCAUGGAGGAAUGAAACCUUUUGCCCUCUGAAAUGCCCCCCCAACAGCCACUACGAGCCCUGUGCAGACCCGUGUCAGGAGACAUGCAGCGGGAAACCUCCUUCCUGUGGCGGGCCCUGCUCCGAGUCCUGUGUGUGUGAUGCAGGCUACGUCCUGAGCGCCGGCAAGUGCGUCAAGAAGACUUCAUGUGGCUGCACACACGUCAAUGGCCAGUACUACGAGCCUGGAGAUGAAUUCUAUGCAGAGGAUUGUAAGCUGAAGUGCAGGUGUGAUGCUCCCUUCGUCACCUGCAAAGCUACUGAAUGUCCCCCAAUGCAAGAGUGUAAAAACCAGGACGGAGAGCUGGGCUGCUACCCCACAAGCCCAACCACACCUAAACCACCCACCCCAGGCCCAACCACACCUAAACCCACAACUCCUAGGCCAACUACUCCUGGACCAACGACAGCAAAGCCACCAAAACCCUGCCCUCCUGAUGCAGAUUAUAUAGAAUGUGGUCCAGCUUGUAUCCCCACCUGUAUGGAGCCUUCUACUAACUGUUCUGGCUCCUGCAUCAGUGGCUGCUUCUGCAAACCAGGUUUUGUCUUCAAGGGACGGCACUGUGUCCCAUUGGAGAAAUGUGGCUGUCUAGAUGACCAGAAUAACUAUUAUGAGCCUGGCGAGAUGAUAUUUGGAGAUGGCUGCUCAAAGCUGUGUCGCUGUGCUGGGAACUACACUCUGGAAUGUGUUGACAACUCAUGUGACCCCACAGAAGAAUGUCGCGAUGUUAAUGGUGUUGCAGGCUGCUACCCUAAAGAUACGUCCACAUGCAUAGCCAAUGGUGAUCCCCACUACACGACUUUUGACAAACGCAACUACAACUUCAUGGGCAAUUGUAGCUACUUGAUGUCUCGACCCUGCAAUGAAACGACUCUUCCACACUUUGAGGUCCAUGUGGACAACGAAAAUCGUUUUAACCGUCCCACCAUCUCCUAUGUGAAGGCCGUGCAUGUAUAUGUUCACACGGUGAAGAUCUCCAUUCUGAAAGAGGGAAUUGUGCAGGUAAAUGGGACUAAUGUAAACGUGCCAGUUACUCCGGCCACUGGUGUCUCUGUGUUCAAGUCGGGAAAGCACUACACUGUGUCCAUGGACUUUGGUGUGACAGUUCGUUAUGAUGGAAACCACUUCAUGGACAUCAAAGUGGUCAAAGACUAUAAGAACAUAUUGUGUGGACUGUGUGGAGAUUACGAUGGAUAUUCGAAAGAUGACUUCCGUAAACCAGAUGGAUCAUUGACCAACAGUGCUAAUGACUUUGGAAACAGCUGGAACACCGAUCCAGAGUGUAACAAGAAACCCAACACCACCACCCCUGAGUGUGAGGAAGGAGAGCAGGAACUGUAUGAGAGCUCUGGAUACUGCGGCAUUUUGCUGGACAAAAAGGGUCCUUUCGCUGUGUGCCACCCCAAAGUCAACCCAAAUAAUUACUUCAGGGACUGUAUCUUUGACCUGUGUGAGCUGGAUGGCGCCAAGCCCAUUCUGUGUGAAGCCAUAGAGGCCUAUGUCAACGAAUGCCAGGACCGUGGCGUGAACAUUGGACCAUGGAGGAAUGAAACCUUUUGCCCUCUGAAAUGCCCCCCCAACAGCCACUACGAGCCCUGUGCAGACCCGUGUCAGGAGACAUGCAGCGGGAAACCUCCUUCCUGUGGCGGGCCCUGCUCCGAGUCCUGUGUGUGUGAUGCAGGCUACGUCCUGAGCGCCGGCAAGUGCGUCAAGAAGACUUCAUGUGGCUGCACACACGUCAAUGGCCAGUACUACGAGCCUGGAGAUGAAUUCUAUGCAGAGGAUUGUAAGCUGAAGUGCAGGUGUGAUGCUCCCUUCGUCACCUGCAAAGCUACUGAAUGUCCCCCAAUGCAAGAGUGUAAAAACCAGGACGGAGAGCUGGGCUGCUACCCCACAAGCCCAACCACACCUAAACCACCCACCCCAGGCCCAACCACACCUAAACCCACAACUCCUAGGCCAACUACUCCUGGACCAACGACAGCAAAGCCACCAAAACCCUGCCCUCCUGAUGCAGAUUAUAUAGAAUGUGGUCCAGCUUGUAUCCCCACCUGUAUGGAGCCUUCUACUAACUGUUCUGGCUCCUGCAUCAGUGGCUGCUUCUGCAAACCAGGUUUUGUCUUCAAGGGACGGCACUGUGUCCCAUUGGAGAAAUGUGGCUGUCUAGAUGACCAGAAUAACUAUUAUGAGCCUGGCGAGAUGAUAUUUGGAGAUGGCUGCUCAAAGCUGUGUCGCUGUGCUGGGAACUACACUCUGGAAUGUGUUGACAACUCAUGUGACCCCACAGAAGAAUGUCGCGAUGUUAAUGGUGUUGCAGGCUGCUACCCUAAAGAUACGUCCACAUGCAUAGCCAAUGGUGAUCCCCACUACACGACUUUUGACAAACGCAACUACAACUUCAUGGGCAAUUGUAGCUACUUGAUGUCUCGACCCUGCAAUGAAACGACUCUUCCACACUUUGAGGUCCAUGUGGACAACGAAAAUCGUUUUAACCGUCCCACCAUCUCCUAUGUGAAGGCCGUGCAUGUAUAUGUUCACACGGUGAAGAUCUCCAUUCUGAAAGAGGGAAUUGUGCAGGUAAAUGGGACUAAUGUAAACGUGCCAGUUACUCCGGCCACUGGUGUCUCUGUGUUCAAGUCGGGAAAGCACUACACUGUGUCCAUGGACUUUGGUGUGACAGUUCGUUAUGAUGGAAACCACUUCAUGGACAUCAAAGUGGUCAAAGACUAUAAGAACAUAUUGUGUGGACUGUGUGGAGAUUACGAUGGAUAUUCGAAAGAUGACUUCCGUAAACCAGAUGGAUCAUUGACCAACAGUGCUAAUGACUUUGGAAACAGCUGGAACACCGAUCCAGAGUGUAACAAGAAACCCAACACCACCACCCCUGAGUGUGAGGAAGGAGAGCAGGAACUGUAUGAGAGCUCUGGAUACUGCGGCAUUUUGCUGGACAAAAAGGGUCCUUUCGCUGUGUGCCACCCCAAAGUCAACCCAAAUAAUUACUUCAGGGACUGUAUCUUUGACCUGUGUGAGCUGGAUGGCGCCAAGCCCAUUCUGUGUGAAGCCAUAGAGGCCUAUGUCAACGAAUGCCAGGACCGUGGCGUGAACAUUGGACCAUGGAGGAAUGAAACCUUUUGCCCUCUGAAAUGCCCCCCCAACAGCCACUACGAGCCCUGUGCAGACCCGUGUCAGGAGACAUGCAGCGGGAAACCUCCUUCCUGUGGCGGGCCCUGCUCCGAGUCCUGUGUGUGUGAUGCAGGCUACGUCCUGAGCGCCGGCAAGUGCGUCAAGAAGACUUCAUGUGGCUGCACACACGUCAAUGGCCAGUACUACGAGCCUGGAGAUGAAUUCUAUGCAGAGGAUUGUAAGCUGAAGUGCAGGUGUGAUGCUCCCUUCGUCACCUGCAAAGCUACUGAAUGUCCCCCAAUGCAAGAGUGUAAAAACCAGGACGGAGAUCUGGGCUGCUACCCCACAAAACCCUGCCCUCCUGAUGCAGAUUAUAUAGAAUGUGGUCCAGCUUGUAUCCCCACCUGUAUGGAGCCUUCUACCAACUGUUCUGGCUCCUGCAUCAGUGGCUGCUUCUGCAAACCAGGUUAUGUCUUCAAGGGACGGCACUGUGUCCCAUUGGAGAAAUGUGGGUGUCUGGAUGACCAGAAUAACUAUUAUGAGCCUGGCGAGAUGAUAUUUGGAGAUGGCUGCUCAAAGCUGUGUCGCUGUGCUGGGAACUACACUCUUGAAUGUGUUGACAACUCAUGUGACCCCACAGAAGAAUGUCGCGAUGUUAAUGGUGUUGCAGGCUGCUACCCUAAAGAUACGUCCACAUGCAUAGCCAAUAGUGAUCCCCACUACACGACUUUUGACAAACGCAACUACAACUUCAUGGGCAAUUGUAGCUACUUGAUGUCUCGACCCUGCAAUGAAACGACUCUUCCACACUUUGAGGUCCAUGUGGACAACGAAAAUCGUUUUAACCGUCCCACCAUCUCCUAUGUGAAGGCCGUGCAUGUAUAUGUUCACACGGUGAAGAUCUCCAUUCUGAAAGAGGGAAUUGUGCAGGUAAAUGGGACUAAUGUAAACGUGCCAGUUACUCCGGCCACUGGUGUCUCUGUGUUCAAGUCGGGAAAGCACUACACUGUGUCCAUGGACUUUGGUGUGACAGUUCGUUAUGAUGGAAACCACUUCAUGGACAUCAAAGUGGUCAAAGACUAUAAGAACAUAUUGUGUGGACUGUGUGGAGAUUACGAUGGAUAUUCGAAAGAUGACUUCCGUAAACCAGAUGGAUCAUUGACCAACAGUGCUAAUGACUUUGGACACAGCUGGAACACCGAUCCAGAGUGUAACAAGAAACCCAACACCACCACCCCUGAGUGUGAGGAAGGAGAGCAGGAACUGUAUGAGAGCUCUGGAUACUGUGGCAUCUUGCUGGACAAAAAGGGUCCUUUCGCUGUGUGCCACCCCAAAGUCAACCCAAAUAAUUACUUCAGGGACUGUAUCUUUGACCUGUGUGAGCUGGAUGGCGCCAAGCCCAUUCUGUGUGAAGCCAUAGAGGCCUAUGUCAACGAAUGCCAGGACCGUGGCGUGAACAUUGGACCAUGGAGGAAUGAAACCUUUUGCCCUCUGAAAUGCCCCCCCAACAGCCACUACGAGCCCUGUGCAGACCCGUGUCAGGAGACAUGCAGCGGGAAACCUCCUUCCUGUGGCGGGCCCUGCUCCGAGUCCUGUGUGUGUGAUGCAGGCUACGUCCUGAGCGCCGGCAAGUGCGUCAAGAAGACUUCAUGUGGCUGCACACACGUCAAUGGCCAGUACUACGAGCCUGGAGAUGAAUUCUAUGCAGAGGAUUGUAAGCUGAAGUGCAGGUGUGAUGCUCCCUUCGUCACCUGCAAAGCUACUGAAUGUCCCCCAAUGCAAGAGUGUAAAAACCAGGACGGAGAUCUGGGCUGCUACCCCACAAGCUCUCAGGACUGUGUGGUGUCUGGAGAUCCCCACUACAACACGUUUGAUAAAAGGUUCUACACAUUCAUGGGAACAUGCACCUACACCCUAGCCAGAACCUGCAAGAACACCACCGGCCCUUGGUUCUCGGUGGAGGGGAAGAAUGAAGAGAGAGGAGUGCCAGGCAUGUCCUACCUGAGGAAGCUCUAUGUCACCGUGAAUGGAAUCACCGUCACCCUGAUGAAGGCCAAGAGGACUCUGGUUAACGGACUGCGAGUGGCCUUACCCAACUACCCGUCUCCGCUCAUCUCUCUCAGUCUCGCCGGUCAGUACGUCACCCUGCAGACGUCCUUCGGCCUCCGGGUGCGCUGGGAUGGAAGCCAUUACGCCCAGAUCUCAGUCCCCAGCUCCUACUACGACCAGAUGUGCGGUCUGUGCGGGGACUACGACGGCAACGCAGGCAACGACUUCACCAAACCAGAUGGCACUCUGGUGGGAAAUGUCAAUGACUUCGGGAACAGCUGGCAAACGAAGGAGGAUGAGGAUGACUCGUGCAGCCCAGGGACCAAGCCCGACCCGGACUGUGACCCCAAGCUUGAAGCAGAGGUGGUGAAACCAGACAAAUGUGGCAAAAUCCAAGACCCUGCUGGGCCUUUCAGGGAGUGUAUCAGUGUGGUGGAUCCCACUCCGUUCUUCCGGAGCUGCGUCUAUGACAUGUGUCAGUUCAACGGACAGCAGCACGUCCUGUGCGACCAGCUCCAGGCCUACACCGAUGCCUGCCAGAGCGCUGGAGCCAAAGUCCACCAGUGGAGGACGCCGGGCUUCUGUCCCCUGGACUGUCCUCCCAACAGCUCCUACACUCUGUGUGCCACUUCCUGUCCAGAGACGUGUCUGGGGGUGGUCGGGUCCCCCGGCUGCCAGGACGUGUGCGUGGAGGGUUGUGAGUGCAACCCCGGCUUCAUCCUCAGCAACGACAAGUGUGUGUCGCUCAAAGACUGCGGCUGUGUGGACACCAGCGGGACCUAUCACCCGGUUGGCGAUAACUGGUACUUGGAAGGCUGUGAGCAGAAAUGUGACUGUCACAGUGGAGGUUUGAUCCAGUGUCACAACACCAGCUGUAAACCAACCACUGAGAGCUGCCAGCUGAAGGACGGAGAAUACGAAUGUCUUCCUUUAGGAAAUGGCAUCUGCUCGGUAUCUGGUGACCCCCACUACACCACCUUUGACAAGCACACCCACCAUUACAUGGGGGCCUGCUCCUACACGCUGUCUAAACCCUGUAACGUCUCCUCCGGCUCGCCGUACUUCAGCGUGGACACGCAGAACGAGCACAGAGGAAGUAGUAAGAUGGUCUCCUACGUCAGGGCCGUGGUGGUCAAUGUGAACGGGGUCACAUUCGUCCUCGGCAAGGGCCGCACGGUCCAGGUCAACGGGACCGUUGUCGUCCUGCCGGUCACCAUCGGCGGAGUCAAGAUUUACUUGAGCGGCAAGUUUGUGGUCCUGGAGACGUCCUUCGGCCUGAGGGUGCGUUUCGAUGGCAACCACCACGCCGACGUCACCUUGCCGAUUUCCUACAACGGCCAGCUCUGUGGCAUGUGUGGAAAUUUCAAUGGAAACUCCAAAGACGACAACUUGAAGCCAGACAACACACCGGCCGCUAACACCAAUGAACUGGGAGACAGCUGGCAGGUCCCUGACCCAAGGCCCGACUGCACCAACGGUGGGGGACAGGAGGACUGUGAUGAAGUCGUGGAGGAGGAGGCCAAGAAGCCCACCAGCUGCGGCAUCAUCACGGAUCCCAACGGUCUCUUCAAGCCGUGUCAUGUCGUCGUGCCCCCGGAGCCGUACUUUGGAAACUGCGUGUACGACAUGUGUGCCACCGGGGGGCAGACCGUGGCUCUGUGCCAGGCCAUAGAGAGCUACGCUGACCUGUGUGCUGCUGCAGGAGUGCCCAUCCCGUGGAGGAACAACACCUUCUGUCCUCUGAAGUGCCCCGCAGGCAGCCAUUACAGCUAUUGCACCCCGGCCUGCGCCCAGCCAAGCUGCCAGCAACCCGCAACCCCCGGUGGCUCCUGCAACCUGCCCUGUGUGGAGGGAUGCAUCUGCAACCCUGGCCUCAUCCUCAGCGGGGACAAGUGUGUCCCGCUCAGCGAGUGCGGCUGCACCGACGCAGGCGGACUCUACAGACCGGUCGGAGACUCGUGGUUCACAGAGACGGACUGCUCAGAGCGCUGUAAGUGCAACGGUAACAACAACAUCACCUGCGAGCCCUGGCAGUGCAGCCCUGCACAGGAGUGUAAGGUUGUGGAGGGAGUCCUGGACUGCCACUCUACAGGUAAAGGAGUGUGUCAUGUGGCUGGAGAUCCUCACUACUACACCUUUGACGGUGUGAUGCACACGUUCAUGGGCACCUGCACUUACACUUUAGUGGAGGUGUGUAACACCACCAAAGUAACUCCCUUCAAGAUCGUGGCUAAAAACGAGGAGCGUGGUCAACCAGAGGCCUCCUAUGUUCGCUCUGUCAAGGUCUACCUGCCCCAUGACACUGUGGUGGAGCUGCAGAAGAGCCGCAGAGUUUUGCUGAAUGAGCGGCGGGUGAAAACGCCACUUUCCAUCGACUCGGUCGGAGCCAAAGUGAUAACCAGCGGAUCCUACAGUCUGCUGGACACCAACUUUGGACUGCAGGUGAAGUUCGACGGCGUCCAUCACUUGGAGAUCACGGUUCCUGGGGAAUACUUCAACAAGCUGUGCGGCAUGUGCGGGAACUACAACCACAACUCCUCAGAUGAAUACCUGAUGCCCAAUAAGAAACCAGCCAAGGAUGUGAUUGAACUGGGAAACAGCUGGAAAUCCGAUGGGGACAGUGAUCCUGGCUGCCAGCCGGACACGCGUCCAAACAUCCACCCCAACUGCACGGCGGAGGAAGAGAAGCUGUACGAAGCUCAGUGUGCCGGGGUCAUCCUCUCUGACCGCUUCAAGCCCUGCCACGCGCUGGUGCCCCCCGAGGCCUUCCUGGGCAACUGCAUCUACGACCUAUGCGAGUACGACGGCAUGCAGUCGACGCUCUGCGACAACGUGGAUGCGUACGCUCAGGCCUGCCAGAGCUCCGGAGUCACCAUCAGCUGGAGAAACAACACCUUCUGUCCCCUGCCCUGCCCUGCCAACAGCCACUACUCGGACUGCACUGCCCCCUGCCCCCCCACCUGCUCCGACCUCUUCCCCAUCUUCUGCCACCUCCCGUCCACCACGUGUGUGGAGGGCUGCCAGUGUGACGGCGGCUACGUCCUCAGCGACAAUAAGUGUGUUCCUCUGGACAAGUGUGGCUGCCUGGGCUCAGAUGGAGAAUACCAUGAAGUGGGAGACUCUUGGCUGACAGAUAAAUGUAUUAAUUCAUGUAGCUGCAAUCUCGGUGGCCAAAUCACGUGUAAGGACCACGCCUGCAGUUCCAACUCAGUGUGUGCUCUGGACAAAUAUGGAGACGUCUACUGCAAACCCAGCAAGUUCGACAAGUGCAGCAUCUCUGGGGAUCCCCACCACCGAACAUUCGAUGGUUUCAACCAUUACUUCCAGGGCCCCUACACCUACGUCCUGACCCAGAGCCACAACCUGCAGAACUCCUUGACGCCCUUCGUGGUGAGGGGGAAGAACAUCAGACGCGGGGGCAACAUCAGAGUGUCAUUCCUGGAUCAGAUGUACAUUGACGUCUACGGCGUCAAUGUCCGCUUCCUGCAGAAGAAGAACGUCCUGCUGAAUGGGGAGCGUGUUGCACCUCCACUCAAGCCAGUUGAUGGUUUGACCAUCACAAUGAACUCCAAGCAGGUCCAGCUCACCACCGACUUUGGACUCACUGUCCGCUUCGAUGGCAACAUUCGCGGAGAGAUCAUACUGCCCAGCACCUAUAAGAACUCUGUCAGGGGUCUGUGUGGAAACUACGACGGCAUCACCAGAAAUGAGUACAUGAAGCCGGAUGGAUCAGUGGUCAGGGAUCUGAACAACUUUGGAGAGAGCUGGAGGGUCAGUGACCGACAGGCGGACGGACUGAGGAUCUUCAACCUUCACAACUCUGUGCACGCUCACAGGCGAGAGGUGGAGGCCAAUCCAGAUUCAGGGUUUGAGACAUCGGACUGCUCUCAGUCUCAGCUCAAUGGCUACAACAGCGUGGCUCAGUGUGGAGCGCUCUCUGACUCCAACGGCCCGUUUGCUGACUGCCAUGCUACGCUGCCCCCUAAAACCUACCAGGAUGAUUGUGUGUUUGACCUGUGUGCUGAGAGUGGCAGUGCGGCGAUGCGUUGUGCCAGUUAUGAAGCGUACGCUGCCGCCUGUCAGGAGGCCGGAGUCAAACUGGGGCCCUGGCGACAGCACCUGAACUGCGUCCUGUCUUGCGAUGCCAACAGCACCUACUCCCCCUGCAUGUCGCCUUGCCCCGCCUCAUGCGCCGACCUGGCGGCCCCCUCAGAGUGCGACGCCACCUCCUGCAUGGAAGGAUGCCAGUGCGCCGCCGGCUUCGUCAUGAGCGAGGGUGUCUGCGUGCCGUACACACAGUGUGGCUGCAGCGUCCUCAACAGAUACUACACCCUGAAGGAGAAGUUUGUGACUGAGGACUGUUCCCAGGCUUGUGAGUGCACCAGCACUGGGGCCGUGUGCCAGCCCAAGACCUGCCAGAGCGGAUUCGUCUGCACCAUCUACGACUUCAAACGGGAGUGCCACAGAGCAAGUCCCUGCCUCAGCUACCCCUGUCUGAAUGGAGGCCAAUGUGCUGAUGCCAGCGGCAACACGUACACCUGUCAGUGUGCCGAGGGCUUCGAGGGCACCAACUGCGAGGUCGAGAUAACACCAAGCGGAGGACUGGAAACCAAGUGGAUCAUCCUGAUAGCGGUGAUGGUCGCAGUGGUCGUCAUCAUCAUUGUGACCUCCGUUGCAUGCACCUGCCGACAAAAGGCCAAGAAUCGCAAGGGGGACAUGGAAAAGCUCAGCAUGAAAUCAGCGGAUUCGUUCACAGAAAUAGACAAGCAAAGAAAGGACAAAGUGACGGCUUUCUGAAUACAAACUGUAUGAAUGUACCAAAGAAGCUUCUUCAGCAGAAUACAAAUCUUGUCAGAAGAGGAGGUUUUGUGAGAUUUUUUAAUAUUAUUGAUGUUGUUCCUAUGCUCAUGUUUUUCUUUUCUUAACUUAUGCUUUUAAAGAUGUAAUUUUAGUCUGUUGUGCACAUUUAAAUGACCAAAAAAGUUAAAAUCUGUACGUGUAUGCCUUAAGUGUUCAUUUAUUUAUGGGAUUAAGUUUGUGCCAAAAGGGAAGGUGUGUUGUUGUCGAAAAAGGGGUUUAAUUAAUACAGAUUCAUCUUUACCACGUAUCCAUAUUCUGCAUCUGGUUUUUCUUAACACUGGUUUGAUUCUUUACUUAAUUUUCUCAUCCAAUAAGAAAACACAACCACCAUUGGUCGGUAAAGAGGAAGUUCAUUCCCAUAACAGACAUUAUGUAGCUGCUGUAGUUGCAAAUAAGUCCAGGAAGAUUGAUCCAAACCAACGUGACAAAGCGAUUCCCGAUGACCCUCCCUUUGAACUGCUCCAAUGUCCUGAGAGAACAAAACACUGCCAAAAAUGUAUGAAUUCACUGUACAGAGUUCAAUCCUUCUACUGAAAAGCUUGUUAUAAUUAAAAAAAAUCUUUAGUUUGAGCACUAAAUGCUUAAUAUUUUUGAGUGUGGAAAAUUCCAGCAGUUAUUGAUUUCGAAGCAUUUUAAAGAUUUUGUGAAGGGUCAUAAUUUAAAAAAACAAUCAAUAAAAGGACACACACUUGUUACCUUUAAGAUAAGAAAUGUCCUCCCAAAAUGCUAUAAGAAAUACUAAUAUUGGAAUU